AUGGUUGAGAAAGUGAGUAGACCAAAGGGCAGACCAAGGACUUUACCUGUUACCCAACGCAAAAAGGUUUCGCGAGCUUGCGAUGUUUGCAAAAGACGCAAGAUGAAAGUACGUGCUUUCCCCACACACUCAGACAAUCCCUCCCCCACAUCUCAUCGGGAAGGAAUAUGUUUCAUACAAUGUACUAACAACCAACUAUUUACAGUGUAAUGGAGUGAAUCCGUGCAGUUAUUGUCAAUCCAAAGCACUCAUGUGCAAAUACUCCAAUAUCGACGGAAGAUCCUUGAAAUCUAAGGUGUAUUUGGAAAAAUUGCGGCUUAGCCAGCAGGAAGAACAUCACCAUCACAACCUCCAAGUUUCGCAAAGUCCCUCCGAUAUCCCUUCGCCUAACUCAUCGACGAAAUCAGAACAUUCUUCCCUUUCAAAAUCUCCCAUACCUACAUCGGUGAUAUUGCCCUCUGACCCACUACGAGAGCCUCCGCCUCAAGUGGCCAAAGGACCAGGCCUGCUGCUGCCGUCGAUCUCGCUCAGCAUCAUUUGUGAAAAUUUGCAAGCUGCUUUGACCGACGAAAACGAUGAAGGAACAGUUGCCAAGAACCACGAGGUGAAAGAGGGCUUAUCUAAUCUCAAUGGAAAACACACGAGGCUCUUAACGACAAAGGCUGGAAAUAUGAGAUUUUUUGGUGAAAGCAGUGCCUUGUCGGUGUUGAGUGAAUGCCGCGCCUUGUUUCGAGAUGUUUCUGGCUCGAGUCAAUUUACGGAUGAUCCACAACAGGGAUUCAUUAGCGAUGAAAGUGUGGAUUUCAGAUAUCUCCCUACUCCCGUGAUGCUCCCUUCCAAGCAGGAUGCAAUGGUGCUCAUUGACUUGUUCAAGACCAACAUUAACGACACUUUUUACAUUUUCAACAUGAACUAUUUCUACGAUGCCGUGUUUGAGGGUAUAUAUCGAGACCCCGUAAAUGCCGACACCAGGAAAUUGGCGUUGCUUUUUGUGGUUUUCGCUCUAGGUAGAGUGUUUGCUCAGUGGUCGCCCCACAUCACCAUGAAUCUCCCGAACCUGGAUGUUUUUUUCAAUCUGGCUCAAGUUUAUAUCCGCAGUAACAUUUUCGAUGGCAAGUUGUGGAUGUGUGAAGUUAAUUUUCUCCAAUAUUUUUAUUUCCAAUCUUGCUGCAAUCGUUCCAAUGCUUGGAUCCAACUAGGCAAUGCUAUCAGGAUAGCUCAGGCGUUGGGUUUGCACCGGAGUUGCAUCAAUGAACGAAUCGUUGAUUUGAACAUCAAAAACCACCGCCGAAGGUUGUGGAGAAGUCUUUAUGUUUGCGAUUGUGUCAGCAGUGUCAACUUGGGACGUCCGUUGAUGAUUAAUGAUUACGAUUACGAUGACUCCGAGUGUGUUAUUGAAGAUCCCACUUUAGAUGAGGUGGAAAAGAUUCGAAUCACGGCACAAAAGGCCACGGCUGAUAGCGCCAUGAUCAAUGUUCGAAUUGUGGAAAACACGUUUAAGGAUGGAUACAUCAACAUCAGACGAGCUCACGCCUUGGCUAUGGAGUUGAAGCUUUGGUCGGUCAAGUUACCCAAGGAGCUUCAACUAAGUGCUGCUCUCGAGAGUCAGAUGGCAUCAGGUACAGAUCCCAACAAUUACCUUUAUGUAUUUGUUCACAUUGGACAAUUGUACGGCAUCAUGGCAUUGACUCGACCUUUUUUGGUCUACGUGGUGACGAGGAAAUUGAAGCCUGAAACCAAGCAAGAAGUUAAAGAUGAGCAAAGCUUGAUGAAUUUUUGUAAAGCUUGCAUCAAGGCGAGCUUUUUGGUUAUCAAGCUAAUCAAAUUCUUUGCCACGUAUAACCCACAUAGGAAAGAAGUGUUUACCAUCCAAUCUGCUUGCUUUUUUGCCACCUUGGUUCUUGGUUUCACGUUGUUGGAACAAAGAAGAUCUUCCAAACCAGACUACCACUACAUUUCAGUGCUUCAAGAUGCAUUACAAGAUGGCUACAACAUUUUAAACAACUAUGCUCAUUUCAACAUUACUUGCAAACGAUGGGCUACAAAUUUGCAAAAUAUGAUGAUUGACUUGGGCAAAUACAAAUCAAAGGGCGAAGUUCAGCCGAAUGAGUCGAUUCCAAUGACAUCGGCGGGGGAGACUUUUAAUCAUGAAAUGAUCAGUUGGGGAAUGGAAAACAAGGCCUUGGAAGAAAUGUUGAAUUUCCAACAGUUUUUCAUCCCAAGCACAACUUCACAAGAUCUCGAGGAGAUUUUGAACAUGGGCAAUAAUGAUGUUUCCCGGGUGAGUAGUUCUGGAAAUUUGAGUUUUAGAAACCAAGGAGGAGGUAAUUAUUUGGAUGCGUUUAGAUACGAUACCAGUGACCACGUUGUAUUUCGCGAGCAGCGGGACCAGAGGGACCAGAGGGACCAGAGGGACCAGAGGGACCAGAGGGACCAGAGGGAUCGAUCAGGAUGA